GCAACGCAGUUUGCCGCUCUCGGCACCUCGUCUCCUCCGGGCAGCUGCAUCCUCCCCUCCCCUCCUCGCCUGCAGAUUUCUAGGCACAGGGAAACAGGGGACAGAAAUGGCUUCCAACUACGUGGACACCACCGGGGAGGAGGGAAGGUUCCACACCCACGGUCACCACAGCAACAGCACGACGCCGACCGGCGAGGCGGCGUCGCCCAAGAAUACGCGGAGGAGGUGGCCCGGGUCGGCGUCGGCGCCGUCCGGGGCAGGCCACGGGCCCGCUUCCAAGUGUGUCUGCGCGCCGGCCACCCACGCCGGGUCCUUCAAGUGCCGCUUCCACCGCACCAACUCCCAGGGCCACGGCCACGGCCAGGGAAGCCGCCCUUCUUCGCCUCCCUCACCGGCCGCGGCCAACGCGGCGCCGCGGCACCCGGCCUCGCCGUCCUCGUCCUCCGGCACCGUCGCCACCCAGUGACGCAACCCCGGCAUCGCCAAGAGAAUCAAGAACGCUCAACAACGGAGAGGGAAGGGAAGAUCAUAUACUUACAUGUCAUAAGAAAGGGAGUUUAUUUAUCGAUCCCUCGAUGUAGUGUCUGUCGAUUGGAGAAGUCCUGUUGUCUCUCUCUCCUUCCACCCGUCUUUUGUUGGGAUCUGCUUUGAAUCGAAUGGACUUUCCUCUCCGUGAAGGAAAUUCUCCUGCUUCUACGCUUGCCUGCUUCUCCUAUCCUCCGUUUGAGAUGGAGUCGUAUUGGUCAGAGACUUUUUAGUUCGUGUGGUGUCGCUUGUGAGUUGUGAUUUCAGUUAAAUCCAUGCUUCUCGCCAGAUUUAAGAUCUUAA